GGUUCGACACAAUGUCUGUAAAGUGUUACGCAGGCGUUUCAUCUCUUCCUACUAGUCCAUAUAGUAUCAUAUGUUGUGUCCAGACUUGGGUUGCACGUUCAGUAGCUUCUCGCCUGCUCUUGAAUUACCCCACAAGUAUUAGUUUGUGUUGUAUUGCUUAUCCAUUGAAAAGAUACACCUGAAAAUCAAAUGCAUAUAUAGUGUAGGCUUGACUAUAAUUUCCAGCGUUCCUGUCUUGGUUAAUAUUUCGUGUUUCAAGUUUUAAUGUCACAUACACAAUUACAGUGAAAUGCCAUUCUUGCAAGCCAUAACCUCAACAAUGUAGCAAUCAAUAACAAUGUAAUACUAAAAAUAACAUGAGGUAGAACAAAAACACACAAGAAAUAAAAAUAAUAAAUGAGAAGUAUACGAUAAAGUAAGUACGCGUACUAUAUACAGGGUCAGUCAGUUCCAAUGCCAUAUUUACAAUGUUCAGGGAUACUGCAGUGGAAGAGGUAGAUAUGAAGGCAGGCCUAUAGGGGUAAGGUGACUAGGCAUCAGGAUGUAUGAUGAACAAAGUAGCAGCAGCGUAUGUUAUAGUAUGUCAACGGGUGUGUGUAGAGUCAGUAUAAAUGUAUGUGCAUAUUAUGUGUGUGUGAACAAAUGAUGAGUGUUUGUGUGUGUGUUGGAUUGUCAGUGUGCGUGAGUGUGUAGUACCCUGUGAGUGUGCAUAGAGACUUUGCAAAAAUAAAUACAAGGGUCAACUCAGAUAGUCCGUGUAGCCAUUUUUCUAGCUAUUUAGUUAGCUAUUUAGCACUCUUAUGGCUUGGGGAUAGAGGCUGUUCAGGAGCCUGUUAGUGUCAGAAUUGAUGCACCCGUGCAGAAGCCAAGAGAACAGUAUGGCUUGGGUGGCUGGAGAAUGAAAAUGUGUUAGCUUUCUGCUUUCAAAUUUGAUUACAACGUGAUCUAUGUGUCUGAAUAAUGACAUAAACAACCCCAUUUGUAAACUUUCUAGUGCCUAUCUAUUAUCUAUUAGUUGCAUGUAAAUGUCACGACGUAGGCCGAUCUCCAAUUUUUUGUAGGGAAACUCCUAAACUUCUAAGUGCUUUAGUAGUUUACAUAAUGCUAUCAUUGUUAUAAUUUUCUACUUAAUAGUGCAUUGUUGUUUUCGUUAGCCACGGCGGAUUUCAUAAUUGGCUCGAUAGCGCUGGUAUUUGUAAUAGUGCUAGUGGUUCUUAUGAUAGUGGUCUCUCAUAAUAGGCUAAUAACAUUCCUAGUAAUAAUAGGAUAAUGUAUUUAAUAGGAUAAUGUAUUUAAAAAGAAGCCAGGUAUCGAUUUACAUGCUACUAUGUGCACACUAUUUUCUAAGAAGAGUUUUCAUAAUUGUCGUUUAUUAGUUUUAGCUUAAUUAUUUAAAUAUGCCACAACUAGGCCAUGCUUUUAUGCUUCAACAUUAAGCUAUUGAGAUACAUUUUCUGCAGGCUUAAUAUAAUAGUUGUUUAAUCCCUCGGUUCUGUUUAAUAACCAGAAUAAGUUUUUCUCUUGUCCAUGGAUAUACGAAUAUAAUAUUAGCCUAGAACAAUAACAUUAUUUUUUCCCAAUGUAUUUUUUUGAGACAACAGUAAAUAAACGAACAUAUUAGGGUUCUAUAGCUUUGAGUAAAUAGGCCUACUAUGCAAACACAAAUACAAUUCUACGCUAAUUUCCAUUUUCAUGCUCAAAAUAAUCUUCCAUUUACUGAAAUAAUGUUUUUUUUUUCAGUAGAGGAUAUAUAAACAAUAUCAUAGGAUGUUGAGGAAAUAACAAAUGAAACUAGUCAGAUAUUAUUAUCAGCGGGCUUUUAGUCCGAUUAGUCUUUCAUCUGAUAUUAUAUUAUUGUUGUAUAAUACCAAACUAAUAUGUUAAUAGGCUAUACAAAAUAGCACGAUAUAGCACAACAUUAUGUGCUUAUCUUUAAUAGUGGGUGUGCGUAAAAUGUUUUUUCUUUGGGAAUGUUUGGUCAUAACUUUCUCUGGUUCGAAGACAAUGAAAAUAUGAAAGGUUGAAACAUUUUGACGGGAGAUGAAAGAGGUUACAUACUAGGAUGGAAAGCGUCCCAGAGCAUUAGUUUUAAGGAAGAAUAUCUAAAUAAUUUACGUUCUUUGGCGCCAUAGAAAUAAUGCAAUUUAAGACAUUUGGUUUAGUUAAUAAGCCCCAAUAUGGAGAAGUUAUUCUGGUUAAUUUCAGCCCCUGUGUGUUUUGUUGUGAGUAUCAUUGGUAAUACUUAUUACCCUGUAAGAUAUGUGUAGAUAUCCCUCGUUAAAUGUGUGUUUUACCUCAUUUGGGAGGAUUAUUUGGGGGAUUUACUGACCUAUGCUAACAGGGACAGAUACUUUCAAUGGUAUUUUUCAAUGGUAUUUUUCUCAAUGGAGUUCAGCCUCUCCCUUGACAUAGCCCAACAUUUAUAUCAGCAAUUGCGUACUAAUCAUAUAAAAUAAUAAUAAUUUGCUUUUAAAACUAGACGUUGUCACGUUUUUAAAACAAGAGACCCGCUAUCAUUUAAUAGUCAAAGGGAUUGAUUUAUUAUUUAUUGUUCAGCCUUUGUGAUCACGUGCGCGCAUCACCCAAUCGAAUGGCAGCCCUGCGUCCGAACUAUUAGUAGACUGUAGUUCUUUGUGGUGCCAAGUUGCUACUUGAUUUCUUCAGAUUGUUAUUUUGUGAGAGUGGGGUUUAGUGCGUGUGUAUGUGUGUGUGGUGUGUGUGUCGCGCUUGUUUUUGUAAGUAUCAGUGUAUGUGUGGGUACAUGUGAAAGUCUCUUUUGCCAUGUCGACAUCUGGAACGUUGACUAGCUACUACGUCGACUCCCUCAUCUUGCCUGAGAGUGAGGCGCUCUCCGCGCCCAGAUACUCCUCCGGUCCGAGGGGGCUCCAGCACCCGAGGCAGCCCACGUCGAUCACCGAUCACACUGAGCUUGGGCCCUGCACCUUCCCGACGAAAGCCCCGGUCUUCAGCCCGUCCUGGGGCCAUGUACCGACCCAGUUUCCAGGCGCCGUGUCGUCGGUGUACCACCACCCAUACGGGAAUCACCGAAGCCCGGCUCCAGGCGACGUGGAGGGUCGCUACAUGCAGUCCUGGCUGCUGGAGCCCAUGGCAGGGUCUUUGCCUUUGACUGGAUUACCAACGAGUCACCACUACGGGAUCAAAUCCGAGAGCCUGGAUGCGGGAGCGGACAGCGUGCUGCCUGGAUCCCACACGGCGCUGCUCCUGUCCGAUUUCGCCGACGGAACGGUGGCGUCGGCAUCCCCGGUGGACAAGGACACACUACCAGGCCAGACCGGGGACCUGAACGAGGAGAAACCGGCCCUUGAUCCAAAUAACCCGGUAUCCAACUGGCUCCACGCUAGUGCCACGAGAAAAAAGCGCUGUCCAUACACCAAGCACCAGAUCCUCGAGCUGGAGAAAGAGUUCCUCUUUAACGCGUACCUCACGCGGGACCGUAGGUACGAGGUCGCGAGGCAGCUCAACCUUACGGAGAGACAAGUCAAAAUCUGGUUUCAGAACCGCAGAAUGAAGAUGAAGAAAUGUAAUAAAGAUGGUGGACCAAAAGAUGAUUUAUAGGUAUGAUUGAUUGAAUGAGAAAAAAAUAUCCGAAAUAAGGGGGAUAUCUGUGAAAAGGCUAUUUCUCUGCUGGACUGCAUUUUUAUAGUCGUUGUCUCACUGUUUUAUCCCUAACAGAAGCUGUUAUGUGUCUUGUAAAAAGCAUGUCCGGCUCUACUCGUCGGUUUGAUGCAACUAACUACCUUUACAUUGCACAAUUUAGCAGUGCGCAUUAUUUUUUGUUAUUGUUAUUAGGAUGUUAAUGAAUGAAUUAAAGCCUCGGCUGUGAGGGCAUCUGUGUAAGGCAUGUACCCAUUAAUAGGCCUGUUCUCUGUGCUCGUUUGUGUGUGGAUGUGAGUAGCUAUGUGUGUGUUCUCUGGUUUGUAGAUAUAGGCCUAUGUGUAUUUCAGGUUCAACUGAAUUUAGUUUCAAAUCUUUUGUUGUUGUCGUUAUUUCAACUAUUGGUCAAUUUGAGUUGGAGGGAUAGGCUAACGUAAUGGUGGCAUUUUGAAGCGGGUGCAUGAGCAUCAAAAGCCUCUUUAAAAUGCAUAUUGGCCUGUUGAUAAUGUUACUAGAAGCUACAUAACAAUGAUAUUGUCUCUCAACUACCAAUAAUUGCAAGAACCUCAUUUCAUUUUAACAGGACUUUUCGUUGUGAAGAGACAGAAUGCUUGUAUAGAUAGUAAACUAUGUCUGAAGUUCAGGGAGUAACAUUUGAGAGGACAUAUUUGUUAGAAAGUAGAGAGACUAAAUAAAAAGAAACACUGUAUGCUACCUAAUGAAUACCUCAUGGUCAGGGGACUUUCAGAUUUUUGGUUCUCAAAUGUAAUUUGUACUAUUUAUUGAAUAAAACAAAUUAUAUCUGCG